AGCCGCACUUGACGUUCUUCAAAAUGGCGAUUCUGUUGUGCCAGCGGGUGUUCUGUUCGAAUCUGUCGCUAACUUUGGGUGAAUAACUGAAGUCUCGUGUCGCGUUUGUGCUCUCCGGUUAAUCCUGUCGUCGCCUACAUGAUAAAGCAGUCCAGCAGCACAGCAGGUCCAUCCACCACCUCCCCUCAGUCAAUGAAGGAGUCCAAGGACUUCUCGGGCGGCCAGUCCUUCCUGGAUCACAUCAAGCCGUGCUGGUACUGGGACAAGAAGGAUUUAGCCCACACCCCUUCCCAGUCCGAGGGUCUUGACCCCGGGACCGAGGCCCGGUACAGGAGAGAAGGAGCCCGCUUCAUUUUUGACGUGGGGACUCGACUCGGCCUACAUUAUGACACUCUUGCAACUGGCAUCAUAUAUUUCCAUCGCUUCUACAUGUUUCACUCCUUCAAGCAGUUUCCCAGAUAUGUGACGGGUGCCUGUUGUCUUUUCUUGGCUGGGAAAGUGGAGGAAACGCCAAAGAAGUGUAAAGAUAUCAUUAAAACAGCUCGCAGUUUACUCAACGAUGUCCAGUUCGCCCAGUUUGGAGAUGAUCCGAAGGAGGAGGUGAUGGUGCUGGAGAGGAUUUUGCUCCAGACCAUCAAGUUUGACUUGCAGGUGGAGCACCCUUACAUGUUCCUGCUGCGUUACGUCAAACAGCUGAAAGGAGACAAGAACAAAGUAUGCAAGGUGCUCCAAAUGGCCUGGACCUUCGUCAAUGACAGCCUGUGCACCAUGCUGUCCCUGCAGUGGGAGCCGGAGAUCAUCGCCGUGGCCGUCAUGUACCUAGCAGGCCGACUUUGUAAGUUUGACAUCCAGGAGUGGACCUCCAAGCAAUCGUCGCGGCGUUGGUGGGAGCAGUUUGUGCAGGACGUCCCAGUUGAGCUGCUUGAAGACAUCUGCCACCAGAUCCUGGACCUAUAUUCUCAAGGGAACAAGCCCAUCCCUCAGCAGGUCCAAGAGAAGGAGAAGACGGCGGCUGUCACACCCACUGCGUCGCCGGUGCCGCAGGGGCAGCUCCCAGUUUCCAACCCGCCUCCCCCACCGCCAAAAAAGACGUCGCCGCAGGGGGGCAGUCCCGCACGGCAGCUCAAACGCUCCCACACAUCCCCUAAAGAUGAACCAAAGGCUCCAGAACAAACUGGAUCAAAAAUUCCCCGACUGGAGAGUCCCAUGCCCCCACUACCGGCUGUUCAACCACCAGCUCCUCCUGCAGAAGCAGAGCCAGGAAGUGAAGUGGCUCCUCCUCCCCCUCAUGCUCCACCUCCCCACCAGCCCCCUCCCCUGCCCCAUCGCCCUCCACCUCCUCCACCCUCCAACUACCUGAUGUCCACCAACGCCUCGUACAUGUCCGGAGAGGGCUUCCAGAGCCUGCAGUCCAUGAUGAAGACAGAAGGUCCCUCUUAUGCCCCCAUGCCCCCCGGCUAUGCUCCUCCAAUCCCACCAUACCACCCGCAUGUCUAUCCACCGCCUGCAGCGCCCCCUCCAGGACCCCCACCGCCUCCUUCCACGUAUCCACCUCCCAGCUUGGCCCCAAACUACCCGCCGCCGGGCUACAACAGCUACCCUCCGCCUCCGCACAUGCCCCCCGGGAUCGGCCUACCGCCUGCGGGAUACCCUCCCCCACCACCCGUGCCCCCGGGACAAGCCCAAGUGCCUUUGCCGCCCCCACCUGGCAUGCCCUUGAACCGUGGAGCGUGGAUGAGAUGAGGACGUUUGAAAGACUGUUGACACCUGAGCUGAUGAGGAAGAGUGGGAGGUCUGUAAACGUUGCUUUUCUAAUCUAGAAGGUGAAUUCUCCAACACCCAGUAGCUCAACUUACAGUCACCGCUCACGUCUUGUACCUUCACCGCCGUCUGCUUUUCCAUUGAAAUUUCCUGUGAAUUAGCAUCUUUGUCUUUGAUUUUUUCUAUGAAAUCCACCAUAAAAACUGGGCUGCAGGAUCUGAACGAACGUUUUCAUUUUAUACAAGCAACACUGGCUUCAGGAGUAUUUGUGCUGCAGUUGAGACGCUUUUGUUUGAACUUCUGUUUUGUUUUUUCAAUAAACUGUGCUUCACACAGUAUUAAAGGAGAAGCAGUAGAGAAAAGAUUUCUCAUUUAAGUCUCUGGACCAUUUCUUUUAUAGGAAAGCAUCGAUGUGCUCCUUUAUAGCGUUUUAAUGACAAUUCUGAUUAUGAAAUCACUUCAUGCCGACGUUCUUUCUUGAGUUAAUCCCACAGGUUACUUUUGAAAAAGGAGUUUCAGAACGAAACCCACCAGUAAAUCUGGCCUUUAUAAAUUCAAUAAUUGUUAGAGAAUGAAAAAAGUUAAACGAAUGUUUGAAAGUUACCUAUAACAUUAAAGGCGCACUUUAAUCA